AUGAUGACUUCCUCCGCGUCCAAAUCAGAUCUGAAUCAUCCCUCCUCAACUUCUCCUGCUCCUUCCAACGAAACCCAGCCUCCUCGAGUCCACCUGCUCCUCCCGACGAAACCUAGAGACUCCACCUAUUGUCUUUAUGGACUGGCGCACUCCAACAGCGAGCAGGCGCGCAGUAGUGGCGACAUCAAUGUCAGCAAAGAAGAAAGAAGAAGAAAAGGGGAUAGCUUGAGCCUUGGGAGAGGAAAGUGGAAACCUAGGGGUUCCACCUCUCCUAUCUCUCAGCAUCACCAAAUUGAGGCAGCUUGGGCCGGCCAAAAUGCAGCAAGCUAG